AUGAUUGAUUACACCAAACCCACAACAUUUAAAUGUCGAAAGUGCAGACAUUUACUCUUCCUAGAAGAACAAAUAUCUAACUGCCACAAUGAGCCUCUUUUUCCAUUAACAAAUGACAAUCAAAGUUGUAAUCCUAGAUCAAAUGUUUGGUAUCUUAGAGAAGAAUCGUUCCCAGAUUGGGUUAAAGAGCAAGUAAAUGAUGGUAAUUGGAUGAAAGGGAAAAUAUUUUGUCCUUUUUGCAAAUGUAGGUUAGGCUCGUUUGACUUCGUAAGUGGAAAUAAAUGCACUUGUGAAACACAUGUAUUACCACCAUUGCAUGUUGUAUCUUGUAAAUUAGACUAUAUUGUUAAGACAUCGCUUGAUGAAACUAAUGUAACUGAAAGCCAUACAGAACAAUCUUCAGAAUCAAAUGAUUUGAAAGCUGUUCUUUCUUAA